AUGGGGCGCGGCCGGCCCAGGAAGCGACGACUGCGGUCCCGCGGGGACCACGAGGCAGCGAGGGAGGAGGGCGACGACGACCCAGCCCUCUUUCCCGUUGGUGCCGAAGUGGAGGUGCGCAGCAACGACCCCGGCUUCGUCGGCUCCUACUACGAGGCCACCGUCGAGGGGUACCAGCACAGCGACCUCAGCUACGUGGUGGCCUACUCCACGCUCAGCCGCAGGGACGGCGGGGACUCGCCGCUGCGGGAGGUCGCCGCCGCCACCAACGUGCGCCCGCGCCCGCCCCACAGGCCGCCGCCGCGGCGGGGGUUCGCCAUGCACGACAUGGUCGACGCGUUCCACAACGGCGGCUGGUGGGCCGGCGUCGUCGUCAGUGCCGUGCCGGUGCCGCCACCGGAGGCGGACACCGCGCAGCGGCCACGCAGGGUGUACAAGGUCUGCUUCCCGACGUCGCGGGAGCUGCUCGACUUCGAGGAGACGGCGCUGCGGCCGAGCCGCGUGUUCCUGGACGACUGCUGGGUCCCUGCUGCUGCUGCAAAGGCGAAGAAUGGAACACCACUAUUCAGAGAGGGAAGCCAAGUUGAAGUGAGUCGCUCCACAAAAACGUUCGGCAAAUACUGGAGUCCAGCUACUGUUCUCAAAGUAAUUGGCGCAUCGAGUUUCUUAGUACAAUACAGAGAUGUCAAAGAGGAUGGUGAACUUGUUACUGAGAUUCUAGACUCUCAAUAUAUCCGGCCAACAAGAGACAUGGUUCACAUGGACUCAAAGUAUAGAUUUGCCCCAUCUUCUCAUGUGGAAGUCUUCCGUGAAGGUAGCUGGUGGCCUGGUGUUAUUUUGGAGGUUUUGGAUAUUGAAUCAACCAAGAAGUAUGUCGUGAAAAUCAAGAGUCACGAGGCAGACAAGGAUGAUGCCGAAUGUACUGAUUUGUUGACUGUUGACCAUACGCAGCUGAGGCCGCGCUAUGACUGGUACCACAGAAAGUGGGUGCGCUGCUCGUCAGAGAAACCUGUUAAUAAGGGGCCUCAAUCAACAUCUCGAAAAAGGCCAGCUUCUGCUGUCUUGGCAAUGGCAUCAUGUAACGAUAGUGUUGAUAUUGCUAGCAUGGCACCAUGUGUUGACAAUGACAGCAUCAGCUAUGAAUCUGGCUCACAUCUUAUGGAAAAGGUAAAUAAAGAUGUAGUAUCGGAACCAUUUUGGCCUGACUUGGUGUCCAAUGAAAGUGAUCCUACCAAGCAUAAGGCAAGCACUUGUCCUGAAAAAGUGGUGAAGCAACAAGGUACAAUAUUGUCAUUUAAGUCCCACUUGCCUACCAAGCGUAAGACAAGCGGUUAUCCAGAAAAAGUGGUGAAGCGACAAGGUACAAUGUUGUCAUUCGAGUCCCACUUGGCACUUCCUUCACAAUCAUCAGCAACAGGGUUUGGCAAUUUCAAAUAUGAUCCUAAACUUUAUCUAAGUGAUCAACUUGAACGAUGCUCUUCUCAGAUGGUGGCCAAGCCCUCUGCACCACAGACUGGACAGCUGCAAGCUUCCUUGUUUGGAUCAUUCGGGACAUUAAGGCCUCUUCCUCUCCCACAGACCCUAUCUUUUAUAAUACCAUCACAUACCAUAGAAUUUGGCAGCAUUGUAGGAUCAAACAAAGCAUUAGCUUAUCAGGAAAAGCAAUCAACUGAUGGAUGUUGUGAUGGUAUGGCUGGCGUUAACCAGAGCACCAAUUUUGGGUCAUUUACUGCAUUCAAGAAUUUUUCAGCUCAUGAGGAACAUGGAAUGCCGAAACAGGAUCAUACUUCAGCCAUGGUGAGGGAUGCAGCUGAAGGUAUCCAAUCCAUCGAGAAUUCAGAAAUAGUACAAUUAUCUUCUAUCGGCACGAGCAACUCUACUGAAGCACGACCUGAUGAUACAUUGAUUGCACCAAAAGGUGCCAUGGUGAGGUAUUCAGCUGAAGGUAGCAAAUCCAUCGAGAAUUCAGAAAUAACACAGUUGUCUUCUAUUGGUACGAGCAACUCUACUGAAGCAGAACCUGGUGAUACAUUGAUUGCACCAAAAGGUGCCAUGCUGAGGUAUGCAGCUGAAGGUGGCCAGUCCACCGAGAAUUCAGAAAUAACACAGUUGUCUUCUAUCGGUACGAGCAACUCUACUGAAGCACAACCUGGUGAUACAGUGACCGCACCAAAAGGUUCUGAGGGUACGCCAAUGUCCAAGUUUGUUCCAAGCAGAACACACGGCUCUAGUGACUCCUUGCUGCAGGGAUCUCGUGAUGUCCAGGAGAGCAUCGUAGCUGAACAGCCUUCAGAUUCCUUGGAUGUUGAGGAAAUUCCAUUCGUGAAGACCUCCCCGUUGUGGGCACAGAUUGAGGCAAUGGAAGUUUUCCGUAAGGUGCCACAACGACCAAACUUUCACAAGUGCCAGCAGCACGUUCCAGAGCUCCGUGAAGGAAUGGCAUUGGGUCUGAUGCUCUCUUUCGCCAAUCUGGCAGAGAGCGUAAAGAGGCUAUGCAUUGAGGAUGAUGAUGCAGUGUUCGAAGAGAAGAUGAAGGGCGUUUCUUUGCUGGAAGCUGAUGGGUUCGACGUGGAGCACCUGCGAUCACGCCUGGAAACAUUGCUGCGCAUAAAGAAGGGGCGUGCCAAUCUGCAGGGCACAAUUAAAGAUCUGGAGGAGAAGUUCUCUCACGAAGAGACUCAGAGGCACACACAGAUCGGUGUGCUAAAUAUGACUGUCCGUCAGCUUGAACUGCAGGUUUGUCUCUUCCGCCGCAUGAUGCAGUCUGCUAUUUCACAGGAGCUAAGUGAUGCCUCGGAGAUCUCGAGGCUGAAAACAGAAGUUAGCAAGCUCGAGCAGUGCUUCAGCAGUGCUACCGCAUCACCGUGGUGA